AAGCCUGGAACACUCGAGUAUUACUGGGGUUCUGAUGUUGACAAACAGUUCACUCUGCAGUCCUGCUACAUGACAUGUAUAGGACUUCCAUAGCUACCAAAGAAGGAACCUGCCUGUGAUCUUAUUAGACUCCACUGGAAAGAGAAACAGCCUCAGAGUCUCAGGGAAAACUUCAGGUUAUAUCAAUCAACAUAGAGGAUGAAAGAAGAGGCACCAGGUCAUUGUGAUGGUGGCUGAGACAGACACAGGCAAUGUGAGAUCAGAGAAUGGUUUGCUGAGUACUCAACUAGAGUGAAACAUCUCAGAAACCUAACUCAAGACUUUCCAAAUUGACUUCUGUGUUCAUGGCAAGAGGAAACCAGACCAGCACCUUUGAGUUCCUCCUCUGGGGACUGUCAGAGAAGCCACAGCAGCAACACAUCCUCUUCCUGGUCUUCCUGUGGAUGUACCUGGUCACAGUAGCUGGGAAUCUGCUCAUUGUCCUGGCCAUUAGCACUGAUGUACGACUCCACACACCCAUGUACUUCUUCCUUGCCACCCUUUCCUGUGUUGACAUCCUCUUCACCUCCACCACAGUGCCCAAGGCCCUAGUGAACAUCCACACCCAAAGCAGGACAAUCUCCUAUGCAGGAUGCCUGGUCCAGCUCUAUUUUUUCCUGACUUUUGGAGACAUGGACAUCUUUCUCCUGGCCACAAUGGCCUAUGACCGCUUUGUAGCUAUUUGUCACCCUCUCCACUAUAGGAUGAUCAUGAGCUUCCAGCGCUGCUCACUCUUAGUGACAGCCUGUUGGACCCUUACAACCGUUGUGGCCAUGACACACACCUUCCUCAUAUUCCGGCUCUCCUUCUGCUCUCAGAAGGUCAUUCCAGACUUCUUCUGUGAUCUGGGACCCCUAAUGAAGAUCGCUUGCUCUGAAACCCGGAUCAAUGAGCUUGUGCUUCUCUUCCUGGGGGGUGCAGUCAUCUUAAUCCCCUUUUUGCUCAUCCUUAUGUCUUAUAUCCGCAUUGUUUCAGCCAUCCUCAGGGUCCCUUCUGCCCAAGGAAGGCGUAAGGCCUUUUCUACCUGUGGGUCCCACCUUUCUGUGGUGGCCCUAUUCUUUGGGACUGUGAUAAGGGCUUAUCUAUGUCCUUCAUCCUCUUCCUCUAACUCAGUGGUAGAGGACACAGCAGCAGCUGUCAUGUAUACAGUGGUGACUCCCCUGCUGAACCCCUUCAUUUACAGCCUGCGAAACAAAGACAUGAAGGGAGCACUGGUCAGAAUUCUCAAGGGCAAAGUCUCCUUCUCCUGGGCUCAGGGACUUCUGCAGAGAAAGUGAAGAUGUCCUCAAUUUGCUCUGCUGAGG